AUUGUACAUAUGUGGCCUUCCGGGAAAAACCCAUCUCUACGGCGGGGCAAUAACUAUCAACACAUCCUCACACGACCAACAACGAAAGUGUUGAUUGUGAUACGUGAUUGUCAGUGACAUCAUGUGCUAACUACUUGUACCAGAAACUUUGUCGAAAUUCGGAAGGAUGUUACGAAGAAGUGUCCCCUUGGCCGUGCGUUUACGUUCAGUGAUAAGACGGUAUCACCAAGAAGCAUCGAUUAUUGGAACAACUCAGGAUUCCAACUCGCCGGUUUACCAGGAAAAUUAUGUCCGUAUGAGCGCCUUAGUGGAUCGAUUGAAAUCGAAUGUGGCAAAGAUAAUCGAGGGUGGUGGGCAAAAAGCCAAGGAACGGCACACCAGAAAAGGGAAGCUGCUACCUCGUGACCGAAUAAAUUUACUUCUGGACGAGGGCUCGCCGUUUCUCGAGUUCUCGCAACUCGCUGGUUAUCAGAUGUACGGAGAGGAGGAAGUCCCGGCCGGCGGAAUAAUUACAGGAAUCGGUAGGAUAAAAGGGAAGGAGUGCGUAAUAGUGGCUAACGAUGCCACCGUCAAGGGUGGCAGCUACUACCCCGUCACGGUGAAGAAGCACCUGCGCGCCCAGGAAAUCGCACAGGAGAACAGGUUGCCUUGCAUCUAUCUGGUCGAUAGCGGCGGCGCCAACUUGCCGCGACAGGCCGACGUCUUUCCCGACAAGCAUCACUUUGGUCGGAUCUUUUACAAUCAGGCGAGGAUGAGCGCUGCGGGAAUCGGCCAGAUCGCGGUGGUGAUGGGCAGCUGCACUGCCGGUGGGGCCUACGUGCCCGCUAUGGCGGAUGAGAAUAUUAUUAUUGGAGAGCAAGGCACAAUCUUCUUGGCUGGGCCGCCACUCGUGAAGGCCUCCACCGGCGAGGACGUUACUGCCGAAGAUCUUGGAGGAGCCGCCCUGCAUUGCCGCACAUCCGGCGUGACGGACCACUACGCGAUCGACGAUUCGCACGCUCUUCACUUGGCGCGCAGAAUCGUGAGUGACCUCAAUCACGUGGCACCUUCGCUCGACCUGCGAAUCGAGGGAGAAUUCGAGCCGCCGCUGCACGCCGUCGACGAGAUUUAUGGAAUCGUCGGGGACAAUCUGAAGCGGCCAUUCGACGUGAAGGAGGUAAUCGCGCGGAUAGUCGACUCUUCUAGGUUUCACGAGUUUAAGGCGCAGUACGGGGAGACGCUCGUUACGGGAUUCGCCAGGAUUCACGGUUUCCCUGUGGGAAUAGUCGCCAACAACGGGGUCCUCUUCUCGGAGUCCGCGCUCAAGGGAGCUCACUUUGUGCAACUGUGCGCCCAACGAAAAGUCCCUUUGGUCUUCCUGCAGAAUAUAACGGGAUUUAUGGUUGGUCGCGAGGCCGAAUCCGGAGGCAUCGCCAAGAAUGGCGCCAAGAUGGUGACCGCCGUGGCCUGCGCUCAGGUCCCCAAAAUUACGUUGAUCAUCGGAGGAUCUUACGGCGCUGGGAAUUACGGAAUGUGCGGAAGAGCGUACUCGCCGCGCUUCCUCUACUCCUGGCCGAACUCGAGAAUAUCCGUCAUGGGCGGCGAACAGGCGGCGGGCGUUCUGGCGCAGAUCACACGCGAUCAGCGCCUUCGCGAUAAGAAGACCUGGAGCACGGAGGAGGAGGACAAUCUGAAGAAGCCAAUAAUCGAGCAAUUCGAAAACGAGGGGAGCCCCUAUUACUCCAGUGCGAGACUUUGGGACGACGGCGUCAUCGAUCCUGUCGACACUAGAACGGUCCUCGGAUUGAGCCUUGCUGCCACCUUGAACGCUCCUAUACCUGACACGGUCUUUGGAAUAUUCCGAAUGUGAAGUCGAUCGCAAUUUACACUGGCUCACCAAUUUUUGACAAUCAUUUUACUUCAGACUUCUUUCAUCAUUUUUUUAGUGCCAUUAAUGUAUUUUUUUUGUCGAUACAUUUAUAAUUAAUACACCAAUUAUACAUGUAAGGACAUUUUGAAUACAAAAUACAAAUCAGCCUUUGAAGUAGUAAA